AUGGGCCGGGCGAGGCCCGCGCUGCUGCCGCUGCUGCUGCUGCUGCUGCUCCUGGACACUGGCGCCUGGGCCCAAGACGAGGCGUUGGAAAAUGUCAGCCCAAGCUGUUCAAAAGAGGCAACUCGAUUCAAGCACCUCCGGAAGUACAUGUAUAACUAUGAGGCAGAGAGCUCCAGUGGUGUCCCUGGGACUGCUGAUUCAAGAAGCAUCACAAAGAUCAACUGCAAGGUCGAGCUAGAGGUUCCCCAACUCUGCAACUUCAUCCUGAAGACCAGCCAAUGUACCUUGAAAGAGGUAUAUGGCUUCAACACUGAGGGCAAGCCUUUGCUGAAGAAGACCAAGAACUCUGAGGAGUUUGCAGCCGCCAUGUCCAAGUAUGAGCUCAGGCUGGGUGUUCCUGAAGGGAGGCAAGUCUUCCUUUACCCAGAGAAGGGUGAACCCAAACACAUCCUGAACAUCAAGAGGGGCAUCAUUUCUGCACUCCUGGUUCCCCCAGAGACAGAAGAAGACAAACAAGUGUUGUUCACGGACACCGUGUAUGGAAACUGCUCCACUCACGUUACCGUCAUGACAAGGAAGGGCAAUGUGGCAACACAGAUAUCCACUGAGAGGGACCUGCAGCAGUGUGACAGCUUCCAGCCCAUCAGCACGGGCGUCAGCCCACUCGCCCUCAUCCAGGGCCUGGUCCGCCCCCUGUCAACCCUGCUCAGCAGCAGCCAGUCCUGCCAAUACACCCUGGACUCCAAGAGGAAGCAUGUGUCGGAAGCCAUCUGCAAGGAGCAACACCUGCUCUUGCCUUUCUCCUACAAGAAUAAAUACGGGAUGAUGACACACAUUACACAGACUUUGAAACUUGAAGAUACACCUAAAACCAACAGCCGCUUCUUUAAUGCAGGUACUGAGAAGGUGGGUCUGGCCUUCGAGAGCACCAAAUCCACAUUGCCACCAAAGCAGGCCGAGGCUGUCUUGACAACACUCCAGGAACUGAAAAAGCUAUCCAUCUCUGAGCAGAAUGCCCAGAGAGCAAAUCUCUUCAAAAAACUGGUUACUGAGUUGAGAGGCCUCAAUGAAGAGGCAGUCAAAUCCCUCUUGCCACAGCUGAUCGAGGUGUCCAGCCCCAUCACUUUGCAAGCCUUGGUUCAGUGUGGACAACCCCAGUGUUACACUCACAUCCUCCAGUGGCUGAAAAGUGAGAAAGCUCACCCCCUCCUGAUAGAUGUUGUGACCUACCUGGUGGCCCUGAUCCCAGAGCCUUCCACACAGAGGCUGCGAGAGAUCUUCAACACGGCCAGGGAGCAGCAAAGCCGGGCCACCCUCUAUGCACUGAGCCAUGUGGUCAACAACUAUCAUCAGAUGACCCAGGAAAUGACCCAGGACCUUCAGGACAUUGCUGAUUACCUGUUGGAACAGAUUCGCAAUGAGUGUACUGGGGAUGAAGAUCACACCUAUUUGAUCCUGAGGGUCAUUGGAAACAUGGGCAGAACUAUGGAACAGGUAAUGCCGAGACUCAAAUCUUCAGUCCUGAAAUGUAUCAGAAGUGCAAAGCCAUCGCUGCUGAUUCAGAAAGCUGCUAUCCAGGCCCUGAGGAAGAUGGAACUCAGAGAGGAGGUCAGGGGGAUCCUUCUCCAGACUUUUGUGGAUGGUGCUGCUCCAGUGGAUAAGCGACUGGCUGCCUAUCUCAUGCUGAUGAGGGGGCCUUCCCAGGCAGAUAUUAACAAAAUUGCCCGAAUUCUCCCACGGGAACAGAAUGAGCAAGUGAAGAACUUUGUGGCAUCCCACAUUGCCAACAUCUUGAACUCAGAAGAAUUGGAUAUCCAAGACCUGAAAAAUUUAGUGAAAGAAGCCCUGAAAGAAUCUCAACUUCCAACUGUCAUGGACUUCAGAAAAUUUUCUCGGAACUAUCACCUUUCUAAAUCUGUUUCUCUCCCAUCGCUUGACCCAGUCUCAGCCAAAAUUGAGGGGAAUCUUAUCUUUGAUCCGAAUAAUUACCUUCCUAAAGAAAGCAUGCUGAAAACAACCCUCACUGUCUUUGGAUUUGCUCCAACUGACCUCGUCGAGAUUGGCUUAGAAGGAAAAGGCUUUGAGCCAACACUGGAAGCUCUUUUUGGGAAGAAAGGAUUUUUUCCAGAUAGUGUCAACAAGGCUUUAUAUUGGGUCAAUGGUCGAGUGCCUGAUCGUGUGUCCAAAGUCUUGGUGGACCACUUUGACUAUAUCAAAGAGGAUAAACAUGAGCAGGACAUGGUAAAUGGAAUUAUGCCCAUCGUUGAAAAGCUGAUCAAUGAUUUGAAAUCCAAAGAAAUCCCAGAAGCCAGAGCCUACCUCCGCAUCUUGGGAGAAGAGCUUGGCUUUGUCAGGCUCCAAGACCUCCAGCUCCUGGGAAGGCUGCUGCUGAGUGGUGUUCAAACGCUGCAGGGAAUCCAACACCUGAUUGGACAGGCCAUAAGGGAAGGCUCAAAGAGUGAUUUGUUUCUUCACUACAUCUUUAUGGACAAUGCCUUUGAGCUUCCCACUGGAGUGGGGUCACAGUUGCAAGUGUCCUUAUCUGGAGUCAUCACCCCUGGGACUAAGGCUGGAGUAAAACUGGAACUAGCCAAUAUGCAGGCUGACCUGUUGGUAAAGCCCUCUAUGACUGUGGAGUUUGCAACAAAUAUGGGCAUCAUUCUUCCUGGCUUUGCCAGGAGUGGUGUCCAAAUGAACACCAACUUCUUCCAUGAGUCAGGCCUGGAGGCUCGUGUGACCCUGAAGACUGGACAACUGAAGUUCAUCAUUCCUUCUCCAAGGAGGCCAGUCAAGUUAUUUAGUGGCAGCAACACAUUGCAUUUGGUCUCCACCACCAAAACAGAAGUGAUCCCUCCUCUCAUUGAGAACAGGCAGUCCUGGUCAACUUGCAGGCCUUUUGUCACUGGACUCAGCUACUGCACCACAGGAGCUUACUCCAACGCCAGCUCCACCGAGUCUGCCUCCUACUACCCACUGACAGGUGACACCAGAUAUGAGCUGGAACUGAAGCCUACAGGAGAGGUGGAACAAUAUUCUGCCAGUGCAACCUAUGAACUCCAGAGGGAAGAGAGAGCCUUGGUGGACACACUGAAGUUCAUAAUUCAGGCAGAAGGUGUGAAGCAUACAGAGGCUACAAUGAUGUUCAAAUAUAAUCGGCAGAGUAGAACUUUAUUCAGUGAAAUCCAAAUUCCAGAUCUUAAUGUUGACCUUGGAACAGUCCUCAGAGUUAGUGAUGAGUCUGCUCAGGACAAAAAGUCUUACAAACUCACCCUGGACAUUCAGAAUAAGAAAAUCACUGAAGUCGCUCUGAUGGGCCACAUAAGUUAUGACACUAAGGAAGAAAGCAAAAUCAAAGGUGUCAUUUCCAUACCCCGCUUACAAGCAGAAGCCAGAAGUGAGAUCCUGACCCGCUGGUCCCCAACCAAACUGCUCCUCCAAAUGGACUCAUCUGCUACAGCUUAUGGCUCAACAGUUUCCAAGAGACUGGCCUGGCGCUAUGAUGAGGAGAAGAUUGAAUUUGAAUGGAACACAGGCACCAAUGUGGAUACCAAAAAAGUUGCCUCCAAUUUCCCAGUGGAUCUCUCUGAUUUUUAUAGAGCCUUCCUGCUGCAUGCCAGUAGUCUCCCAGAUAACAGAGUUCCUCAAACAGACAUGACUUUCCGGCAGAUGGGAUCCAAAUUAAGAGUUGCAACAAACAGCUGGCUUCAGAAGGCAUCCGAGAGUCUUCCGUUUGCCCAGACUUUGCAGGAUCACCUCAGUGGCUUGACAGAGUUGAGCUUCCAGAAAAUGAGAUUUCCAACCUUCCAAGUCCCAGAAAACCUCUUCUUAAAAAGUGAUGGCCGGGUCAAAUAUACCUUGAACAAGAACAGUGUGAAAAUUGAGAUUCCUUUGCCUUUUGGUGGCAAGUCUUCCAAAGAUCUGAAGAUGCUAGAGACCAUUAGGACACCAGCCCUCAACUUUAAGUCUGUGGGAUUCCAGCUGCCAUCUCAAGAAUUCCAAGUCCCGACUUUUACCAUUCCCAAGUUGUAUCAACUGCGAGUGCCUCUUUUGGGUGUUCUGGACCUCUCCACAAAUAUCUACAGCAACUUGUACAACUGGUCUGCCUCCUAUACUGGUGGCAACACCAGCAGAGACCACUACAGCCUCCAGGCUCGAUACCACAUGAAGGCUGACUCUGUGAUUGACAUGUUUUCCUAUAGCAUCCAAGGAUCUGGAGAAACAGCUUAUGACCAAAGGAAUAUGCUCACAUUAGCUUGUGAUGGGUCUCUACGCCACAAAUUUCUGGAUUCAAAAAUCAAGUUCAGUCAUGUAGAAAAAAUUGGAAACAACCCAGCCUCAAAAGGUUUUCUAACAUUUGAUGCAUCUAGUGCCUGGGGACCACAGAUGUCUGCUUCAAUCCAUUUUGACUCAAAAAAGAAACAACAUCUGUAUGUCAAAGAUGUCAAGAUUGAUGGGCAAUUCAGAGCUUCUUCAUUCUAUGCUAAUGGCAUUUAUGACCUGUCUUGUCAGAGGGAUUCUACCACUGGCCAGCUCAGUGGAGAAUCCAACCUGAGGUUUAACUCUUCCUACCUCCAAGGCACCAACCAGAUAACUGGAAGGUACAAAGAUGGAACCCUCUCCCUCACCUCCACCUCUGAUUUGCAAGAUGGCAUCUUUAAAAAUACUGCUUCCCUGAAAUAUGAGAAUUAUGAGCUCACUGUGAAAUCUGACAGCAAUGGGAAAUAUGAAGACUUUUCUACUUUUAACAAGGUGGAUUUGACCUUCUCUAAGCAAAAUGCAUUGCUACGUUCUGAGUAUCAGGCUGACUACAAGUCACUGAGGUUCUUCACCCUUCUGUCUGGGUCACUGAAUUCCCAUGGAAUUGAAUUAAAUGCUGACAUCUUGGGCAGUGACAAAAUUAAUACUGGUGCUCAUAAGGCAACACUAAGGAUUGCCCGAGAUGGAUUAUCUACAAGUGCAACCACCAGCUUGAAGUAUAGUCCCUUGUUGCUGGAGAAUGAGCUGAAUGCAGAGCUUGACCUCUCUGGGGCAUCCAUGAAAUUAACAGCAAAUGGUCGCUUCAGGGAGCACAACGCAAAAUUCAGCCUGGAUGGAAAAGCUGCCCUCACAGAGGUAUCACUGGGAAGUACUUAUCAGGCCAUGAUUCUGGGUGUCGACAGUAAAAACAUUUUCAACUUCAAAAUCAGCCAGGAAGGACUGAAGCUUUCAAAUGACAUGAUGGGCUCAUAUGCUGAAAUGAAACUGGACCACUCUAACAGUUUGAAUAUCGCAGGCUUAUCACUGGACCUCUCAUCCAAACUUGACAACAUUUAUAGCACUGACAAGUUUUACAAGCAGAAUUUUAACUUACAAUUACAGCCCUUUUCUCUUGUAACUACUUUAAACAAUGACCUGAGAUACAGUGCUCUGGAUCUGACCAGCAAUGGGAAAUUACGGCUGGAACCCUUGAAGCUGAACAUGGCUGGAAACCUCAAAGGAGCCUACCAAAAUGAUGAAAUAAAACAUAUCUACACCAUUUCUUAUGCUGACUUAUCAGCAAGUUAUAAAGCAGACACUGUAGCUAGGGUUCAGGGUGUGGAGUUUAGCCAUCGGCUCAACACUGAUAUUGCUGGGCUGGCGUCAUCCAUUGACAUCAGUACAAACUAUAAUUCAGACUCUCUGCAUUUCAGCAACGUUUUCCGUUCUGCAAUGGCCCCAUUCACCAUGGCCAUUGAUGCACAUACAAAUGGCAAUGGAAAACUGGCUCUCUGGGGAGAGCACACUGGACAACUCUAUAGCAAAUUCCUGUUGAAAGCAGAACCACUGGCCCUCACUUUCUCUCAUGAUUACAAAGGGUCCACAAGUCAUCUCAUGUCCAGCAAAAGCAUCAGUACAGCUCUUGAUCACAAAGUCAGUGUCCUGCUCACUCCAGCCGAGCAGACAAGCACCUGGAAACUCAAGACUCAAUUGAACAACAAUGAGUACAGCCAGGACUUUGAAGCUUACAACACUAAAGACAAAAUUGGUGUGGAGCUUAGUGGGCGAGCCCUGGCUGACCUUACUGUGCUAGACUCCCCGAUUAAAGUGCCAUUUUUACUCAGAGAGCCCGUCAAUGUCAUUGAUGCUUUAGAGAUGAAAGAUGCUAUUGACAAGCCCCAAGAAUUCACAAUUGUUGCUUUUGUAAAGUACGAUAAGAACCAAGACGUUCACACCAUCAGCCUCCCCUUCUUUGAAACUCUGCCAGAAUAUCUGGAGAGGAAUCGAAUAGUAAUUAUAACUGCUCUGGAAACCAUUCAGAAAGAAUUGAAACGCAUCAAUAUUGAUCAAUUUAUGAGGAAAUACAGAGCAACCCUCAACAGACUCCCACAGCAAGUUAAUGACUAUCUGAAUGCACUUAAUUGGGAGAGACAAGUUUCCAUUGCCAAGGAGAAACUGAACACUUUCACAGAAAAUUAUAGAAUUACAGAAAAUGAUCUACAAAUUGCAUUGGAUAAUGCCAAAAUCAACUUUAAUGAAAAACUCUCUCAACUUCAGACAUAUGUGAUACAAUUUGAUCAGUAUAUUAAAGAUAAUUAUGAUCUACAUGAUUUUAAAACUGCUAUUGCUAAGAUUAUUGAUCAAAUCAUUGAAAAAUGGAAGAUUCUUAAUGAACAUUAUCAUAUCUGUGUACAUUUAGUAAAGACAAUCAAUGAUCUGUACGAAUUUAUUGAAAAUAUUGAUUUUGACAAAACUGGAAGUAGUGUUGCCUCCUGGAUCCAGAAUGUGGAUACUAAGUAUCAAGUCAGAAUCCAGAUACAAGAAAAACUGCAGCAGCUCAACAUGCAUAUUCAGAAUACAGACAUCCAGGACGUUGCCACAGUGUUAAAACAACGGGUUAAGGAUAUUGAUGUCAGAGUCCUUUUAGAUCAAUUGAGAACUACAAUUUCAUUUCAAAGAAUAAAGGACAUUAUUGAACAUGUCAAAUACUUUGUUACAAAUCUUAUUGAAGAAUUUGAAGUAACUGAGAAAAUCAAUGCUUUUAGAGCCAUAGUCCAUGAGUUAAUUAGGAAAUAUGAAGUAGACCAACAAAUCCAGGUUUUAAUGGAUAAAUCAGUACAGUUGGCCCACCAGUAUAAGUUGAAGGAGACUGUUCAAAAACUAAGCAAUGUUUUACAGCAAGUUGAGAUAAAAGAAUAUUAUGAGAGAUUGGUUGGGUUUAUUGAUGAUGCAGUCAAGCAGCUUAAAGCAUUGUCUUUUAAAAAAUUCAUUGAAGAAGUAAACAGAUUGCUGGACAUGUUGGUAAAGAAAUUAAAAUCGUUCGAUUACAACCAGUUUGUGAAUGAAACCAAUAACAAAAUACAUGAGAUGACUCAGAGAAUCAAUGGUGAAAUUCAGGCUCUAGAACUGCCACAGAAAGCUGAAGCACUAAAACUGUUUGUAGAGGACAUCAAAGCCAUGGUCGCUAUCUAUUGGGAAAAGCUAAAAGACACCAAAAUAACUUUAUUCAUUGAUUGGUUACAGGAUGCUUUAAAUUCUGCAUCUUUGGUUCACAUGAAAGCCAGAUUCCAAGAAACUCUAGAAGACGUACGAGACCGGAUCUAUCAAAUGGACCUUCAGCGGGAACUUGAGCGAUACCUGUCUCUAGUAGGCCAGGUUUAUAAUACACUUGUCACCUACAUUACUGACUGGUGGAUUCUUGCUGCUAAGAACUUUACUGACUUUGCAGAGCAAUACUCUAUCCAAGACUGGGCUGAAAAGGUGAAAUCCUUGGUGGAACGAGGGUUCACUGUUCCUAAAAUCCAGACCAUCUUUGGGACUAUGCCUGCCUUUGAGGUCAGUCUCCAUGCUCUCCAGGAAGCUACCUUCCAGACUCCUGACUUCAUAGUUCCUCUGACAGAUCUGAGGAUUCCAUCAGUUCAGAUAAACUUCAAAGAGUUGAAAGAUAUAAAAAUCCCAUCCAGGUUUUCCACUCCAGAAUUCACUAUCCUCAACACCUUCCACAUUCCUUCCUUUACAAUCGACUUGGUAGAAAUCAAAGCAAAGAUCAUCAGAACCAUUGACCAAAUGCUGAUCAGUGAGCUGCAGUGGCCACUUCCGGAAGUGUAUCUGAGGGAUUUGAAGAUGGGAGACACCCCCCUUGCUUUACUCACACUGCCAGACUUCCAUUUGCCAAAAAUUACAAUUCCAGAAGUCAUGAUCCCAAAUCUCAACCUGAAAGAUUUUCAAGUUCCUGACCUUCAAAUACCAGACUUCCAGCUUCCCCACAUCUCACACACAAUCAGAAUACCUACUUUUGGCAAGUUGAAUAGCAUUUUGAAAGUCCAAUCUCCCCUUUUCACAUUAGAUGCAAAUGCUAACAUCCAGAAUGUAACUAGUUCAGAGCACAAAGCAGAGAUUGCAGCUUCCAUCACUGCCAAAGGAGAGUCCAAAUUAGAAGUUCUCAAUUUCGAUUUCCAAGCAAAUGCACAACUCUCAGACCCUAAGAUUAAUCCACUGGUUCUGAAGGAAUCUGUGAUAUUUUCCAGCAAGUACAUGAGAACAAAGCAUGAAAGUGAAAUACUAUUUUCUGGAAAUGCCACUGAAGGAAAAUCAGAUACAAUGGCAAGUUUACACACAGAAAAAAAUACACUGGAGUUUAAUAAUGGUGUGAUUGUCAAGAUAAAUAACCAGCUCAAACUGGAAAGCCACACAAAAUACUUCCACAAAUUGAACAUCCCCAAACUGGACUUAUCCAGUAAGGUUGACCUGAACAAUGAUAUCAAGACACUGCUGGAAGCUGGACACUUAACAUGGACUUCUUCUGGAAUAGGGUCAUGGAAACUGGCCUGUCUCAACUUCUCAGAUGAGGGAAUACAUGAAUCACAGAUCAGCUUCACUGUGGAAGGACCCAUCACUUCCUUUGGAUUGUCCAAUAACAUCAGCAGCAAACACCUAAGAGUAAACCAAAAGAUCGCUUAUGAAUCUGGCUUCCUUGACUCUUCUAAGUUUGAAAUUAAGUCUGAAGUUGAAUCCCAGCAUGUGGGCCACAGUAUUCUAACUGCUAAUGGCAUAGCACUGCUCAAAGAAGGGAAGGCAGAGAUAACUGGCAUCCACAAUGCUCAUUUAAAUGGAAAAGUUAUUGGAACUUUGAAAAAUUCCCUUUUCUUUUCAGCACAGCCAUCUGAAAUUACUGCAUCCACAAAAAAUGAAGGAAAUCUGAAAGUUAGUUUUCCACUAAAAUUGGUAGGGAAGAUAGACUUCCUCAACAACUAUGCAAUGUUCCUGAGUCCUCAUGCCCAGCAAGCAAGUUGGCAAGCAAGUGCUAGGUUCAAUCAGUAUAAAUACCAUCAAAAUUUCUCUGCCGUGAACAAUGGGCACAGCAUGGAAGCCCAUGUACAGAUCAAUGGAGAUGCCAACCUGGAUUUCUUGAGCAUUCCUUUGACAAUUCCUGAAAUAAAUCUACCUUAUACAACACUCACAACACCCUCACUGAAAGAUUUCUCCAUAUGGGAAGAAACCGGCUUAAAGGAAUUCUUGAAAACAACAAAGCAAUCAUUUGAUUUAAGUGUAAAAGCUCGGUACAAAAAAAACAAAGACAGGCAUUCCAUUGCAAUUCCUUUGGGUGUGUUUUUUGAGUUUAUCAAUCAGAAUAUCAAUUCCUUUGACAGACAUUUUGAGAAAGUCAGAGAUGACGCCUUAGAUUUUCUCACUACAUCCUACAAUGAAGCAAAAAGUAAGUUUGAUGAGUAUGAAGUUGAAAGAUCUCUCAACAAGCUCCCCAGGACCUUUCAAACUCCCAGAUACACUCUCCCAGUCAUCAACAUGGAAGUAUCUCCAUUCACAGUAGAGAUGUCAGCCUCCAGUCAUGUGAUCCCCAAAGUGAUCAGCACCCCCAAUGUCACCAUCCCAGGGUCUGGCUUCUAUGUGCCAUCACACACAUUCGUCCUCCCAUCCAUUGAGUUGCCAGUCCUUCAUGCCCCUAGGAAUCUACUCAAGGUCCCUCUUCCAGAUUUCAAGGAACUGAGUACCAUAAACAAUAUUUUUAUUCCAGCCCUGGGCAAUAUUACUUAUGAUUUUUCCUUUAAAUCAAGUGUCAUCACACUGAAUACCAAUAUUGGACUUUAUAAUCAAUCAGAUAUUGUGGCUCAUUUCCUUUCUUCCUCUUCAUUUGUCAUUGAUGCACUGCAGUACAAAUUAGAGGGCACUUCAAGUUUGAGAAGGAAAAGAGGGCUGAAGCUAGCCACAGCUCUGUCUCUCAGCAACAAAUUUGUGGAAGGCAGUCAUGAUAGCACUAUUAGCUUAAUCGAGAAAAACUUGGAAGCAUCAGUGACAACAACUGCCAAAAUCCACGUUCCAGUUUUGAGAUUGAAUUUCAAGCAAGAACUUAAUGGAAAUACCAAGUCAAAACCUACUGUCUCUUCAUCCACUGAAUUAAAAUAUGAUUUUAAUUAUCCGAAGCUGUACUAUACUGCUAAAGGAGCAGUUGACCACAAGCUCAGCUUAGAAAGCCUCACCUCCUACUUUUCCAUUGAGUCAUCUACUAAAGGAGAUGUCAAGGGUUCAGUCCUCUCACGGGAAUAUUUGGGAACUAUUGCCAGCGAGGCCAGUAUGUACCUGAAUUCCAAGGGCACUCGGUCAUCAGUGAAGCUGCAAGGGGCUUCCAAGGUCGAUAGUAUCUGGAACCUUGAAGUAAAAGAAAAUUUUGCUGGAGAAGCCAAUCUCCGACGCAUAUAUGCCAUCUGGGAACACAAUACAAAAAAUUACUUACAGCUGCAGGGCCUUUUUUUCACACAAGGAGAACAUGCAAGCAAAGCCACCUUGGAACUCUCCCCAUGGACAAUGUCUGCCCUUGUUCAGGUUCAUGCCAGUCAGCCCAGUUCCCUCCUGGACAUACCUUACAUUGACCAGGAAGUGACUCUGAAUGCAAACACUAAGAACCAGAAGGUCAGCUGGAAAAGUGAGAUCCAGAUUUAUUCUGGGUCUCUCCAGAACAACAUACAGCUUUCUAAUACCCAAGAAGAGGCACGCCUCGACAUUGCAGGAUCCUUAGGAGGGUCAAACCUUGAACAUAUCGUCCUACCAGUGUAUGACAAGAGCUUAUGGGACCUCCUAAAGCUGGAGGUAACCACCAGCACCAACAGGAGGCAGUAUCUUCAUGUUUCAACUGCUCUUGUGUACACCAAAAAUCCCAAUGGCUAUCUUCUCUCUGUCCCCGUGCAAGAAUUGGCUGAUAAAUUCAUUAUAUCUGGGUUGAAACUAAAUGACUUCAGUGAAAUGAAAAUCUAUAAAAAGUCAAGAAUGUCACCAUUUGCACUCAACCUACCAACAUUACCCAAAAUAAAAUUCCCUGAAGUUGAUGUUUUAACAAAAUAUUCUGAAUCGGAAAACUCCUCAUUUCCCCUUUUUGAGAUAACUGUGCCUGAAGCUCAGUUGAUUGUAACCCCGUUCACCCUUCCAAAAAGCAUUUCCAUUGGCAGUGCUGUCUUGGACCUAAAUGAGGUGGCCAACAAGAUUGGAGGCUUUGAAUUGCCUACCAUCAUCAUGCCUGAGCAGACUAUUCAGAUUCCUUCCAUUAAAUUCUCUAUACCUGCUGGAAUUUGGAUUCCUAUUUUUGGAGAACUGACUGCACGGUUUCAGGUGGCCUCUCCCCCAUAUAAUGCCACUUGGAGUGCUGGUUUGAAAAACAAAGCAGAUCAUAUUGAAACAUUCCUGGAUUCCACAUGCAGUUCAACCUUAAAGUUCCUGGAAUAUGACCUAAAAGUGGUGGAAACAUAUAAAUUUGAAGACUACAGUUUCAUCUGUAAGAGCAACACAACAUUUGUACAUCGUGACUUCAGUGUGCUGUAUAAAGAAGAGGGCAAAUACAAAGGACUGCAGGACUCGGAAAUACAGGCUGCCCUGGACAUCACCAGUCCGGUGUUCACUGACCUCUACCUGCGCUAUCAAAGAGAUAAGCAAAUCCAGACCUUCUGGGCAGCCUACCCAGCCAUAGAUGCUGUGGGCCUGAACCUGGGAGAAAAAGGAAACCAUGGCAUAAUAAAGAACCACUACUUCUACCCUCAGUCCUCUGCAGAGAAAAAACUCAUCAUAUUCAUAACUGAGUGGGGGCAGAAAUCUGAUGAGGAAAUUCAGAUCAAAUUUAAUUGGGAUGAAGAGGCAGCAUCCAUAUUGCUAAGCUCUCUAAAAGACAGUGUGCCCAAGGCCACAGAGACCUUUUAUGACUAUGUCAACAAGUACCACCAGGAGUACACAGGACUCAGCCUGACAGAUGCUUCUGCAAAGCUGAGGAGAAGUCUACAGAACAGUGCUGAGCAAGCCUAUCAAGGGGCCAUGAGGCAAAUUGAUGAGAUGGACAUGGGUUUCCAGAGAGCAUGGAAGGACAAGACCCAGAAUCUGUACCAGGAACUGUUGGCUCAGGAGAGCCAGGCCAGUUUCCAGACAAUCAAGGAGAAGGCAUUUGACAGCUUAAUACAAAUCAUCAAGGGGUACCAUAGGGCAAUUAAGCAUCUGAUUGACUCAUUCAUUGAUAUCCUGAAGUUCUCCAGAUUCCAUCUCCCAGGGAAAGCUGAGAUGUCCACUAUUGAUGAACUCAACAGUAUGGUCAUGAAGGAGGUAGGGAAGAUACUAUCCCAAGUAUGUUCAAAUAUCCAAAAUGGGUUAGAUAAACUGCUUUCGUAUGUCCAAGACCUAGUGGAGAGAACUGAAUUAAUCAAAGACCUACAGAUUAAACUUCCUUUUCAUUCAACAAGCUCUAAACUAAAAGAUGCAAUUCCGGACUUGAGGGAACAGUUGAAAUCUUUAUCAGGAGAAAUUCAAGUAACAUUAAUUGACUACUUAUCUAUCAACACUACAGAGACACUAAGUGUCCUUUGCAACGUUUUACAAUCAUUUGUUUUUGAAGAGAUAGAAAAAGACAUUGAAAUCUUAAAAGAGGUGAAUUUUACUGAUCUUGUUAAUGAGAUCCUACGUGAGAAAGACAAUUUCAAAGAUUAUGUUCUAUAUGUUUUUCAAAAUCUGAAAGAAAGUCUAGACUUUAUCCUCAGUAGGUUAAAUGAAUUUAUUCAAGACCAACUUCAGGACAGCUCUCAAAACUUACAGCAGGUUCAUCAGUACAUAAAGGCUCUUCGUGAAGAAUAUUUUGAUCCAAGUACAGUUGGCUGGAUGGUGAAAUAUUAUAAACUUGAAGAAAAAGUAAUGGAUUUGAUCAGGAGCUUUGUAAUUGCCCUUAAGGACUUCCAUUCCAAAUAUACGUCCAGUGUUACUGGAUUUACUUCUCAACUCUCAAAUCAAGUUAAGCAAUUUGUGGACAGAGCUUUCCAAGAAUAUGUUAGCAUCCUUACUGAUGCAGAUGGAAAAGGGAAAGAAAAGAUUGAAGAGCUUUCUACCACCGCUCAGGAAAUAAUUAAAAGUUGGGCCACUGCAAUGAAGAAAAUCAUUUCUGAUUACCAUCACCAUUUCAGAUCUAAACUACAGGAUUUUUCAGACCAACUUUCUGAUUACUAUGAAAAAUUCAUUGCUGAGGCUACAAGAUUGAUUGACCUGUCCAUUCAAAGCUACCACAUGUUUCUAAGAUAUAUCACCAAGUUCCUGACAGAGCUGCAGUCAACCACAGUCAAUGAUGUAAGCCCCCACAUGAAGUUUGCUCCAGGAGAACUGACUAUCAUCUUUUAA